AUGCUGGAAACAUCGCUCAAGUCUGUCACUCACGCACCUGGAAUAGCGCUGAACAUUUCAUUUGAACACGCUCUUAAAGACUCGCCGCUUUUUAGAUCUUCUGUUCGUCUGUUUGCUGAUGAACUCGAUGAACUGGAAAAAUGGUUGGUUAAUAUCUCCAAAAUCUGCCGUAUCUACACUGAAUCUCUCACAAAAACCAACGACAUUGGCUUGGCUGUUUCGCGUCGAGUGUCGUCCAACAAAUACAUAAGCCUUUUAGGAAAUACCGAAAAUAUUCGAACUGUGUCCGAGUCCAUGAUCAAUAUCCACCAUCUACGUCUUAAAAUGGCACGCAGAUAUCAAAAAUAUCAAGGUACGCUUGACAGUAUAUUUUGCAUGGCGUUUGUAAAUCACACUAUAAAGCUGAUCAAUCGAUCAAUCCAGGAAGCAAGGCUGGAUUAUGAAAAAAGUGUCGAGAAAUUCGAGGCUGCAACCAUCAAGUAUGCUGCAUUGCCCAAAUCAAAAGAGUCAAGUGCGCUUUUAGAGGAUGCAUUUAUUUUGUACGAAGCCAGAAAACCCUUUAUAAAAGCAUCCAUCAGCUACGUAUCAAAAAUCAUCAUGCUAAAGUAUAAGCUGGAUAUACAUAUUCCGGAUAUUUUGAUGGCAUUGAUCAAAGUCCACACAGACUAUUUUGAAGCAGGAUGGGAUUUAUUCCACGGAAUUGAAGUUGCUUCCCAAGAUUUGCGCCAAAAACUCGAUAAUGCACGAGCAAUGAGUAGCGAUACCAUCAAACGACUCGAAACCGUCAAGAAUGAGUUUGAAGAGUUUGCAAUCGAGUCGGCAAAACCACGUCUAAAAGAAUCCACUGACCAUUCCAAACUACCAAAUCGGCAAUCUCUGUCAAAAUCCCGCCCUCUAGUCGUAGUGGAGCGCGAGGGAUAUUUGUUUAGAAAAUCUAAUUCGGGUGGAUCAGUAUGGACCCGACGGUAUUUUUCACUCAAGGAUGCCAUGAUAUCAUACAGUAUUGUCGCCACAAGUGGAAAACACAAAGGGAAACUAAUGGCAACCACUGCCUUGAGUGUUGCACUGUGCAAUGUUCGAGUUUCCAAGUUGGAAGAUCGUCGUUUCUGUUUUGAAGUGGAGACCUCUUCAAAAUCCACAUUUGUUUUGCAAGCUGAGACCGAGCAAGAUAUGAACCAAUGGAUAACAGCAAUCAACAGUGCAAAAUCAGUUGCAUUGGCAAAUGGAGCUGCGUCUAUCCCGAUAGACGUCACCAACAUAGAACCGUUUGAGCCCAGUAGUGAAGAUGAGAGUGAUGGAGGCGAAACACUCCAUCAGCUCAAAACACAAAAACCUCGCGAAAGCAUAACAAUUAAUCAAACCACUGCAACUGCGUCAUCUGAAGACGAAAGUUUUGAAAUCGAGGCUUCCGAGUUGGAGACUGAUGGGUCUUUUCCGCAGUGUGCUGAUACUGAGCUUAUUUCAAUGCAAGAUGGGUCUGCAUCCAAGUCAGAUUCCAUGAUUGAGUAUUCGGAUCCAUGGAUGGCAAAAAAGAAUCAAGAAUUACACCAUCAUUUCAAGUCUGUUCCAAAUACCGAGUAUUUACUAGAUGCCAUAUCGAUAUUUUUUCAAAAGGAUAUUGCGAUUCAAGGUCGUUUAUUCAUCACUCCAUUACGGUUAUGCUUUCAUUCCAAUAUUUUUGGAUUCGUGAAUUUGUUUAAUUUGAAAACAUAUGGCAAGUGCGAUCGAGCAUUCAAUAAUAUUUUGGCGGCUUGGAACAACACAAAGUCUUGCACACCAAUCUCGGCACAAAACCUGUACAUUCAAAUCAUGUCUAACCUUCGUGGCCAAUCAGAUCGCGAAAAGGAGCUAUCGAGAGAUACAAACAAAAAAGGUAUACUGGAAGCUAGCCAAGGAAGUUCCGCAACGGAUUUCAAAGGGACUGAGCCUGAUGUUGACUCUAGUUUAUUGGAAUAUGCUCUUCCAGAGUGUGUUAGUGCCCCACUCACUGAAGUGCCUUGCGGAUGUACUGACCAUCUGGAAAAAAAGGAAGUUGACGUGGUGCUUCCUAUUCCAUCAAAAAAACUGUUUGACCUUCUUUUUAAAGAAAAAUCAGUGCCAAUAUGGCAGGCACUUGAUAUCAGGCGUGGUGCAUCUAAUCGAAAAGAGGGGGUGUGGCAACAUGGACCAACACCCACACGAGAAGUAUCAUAUGUCUUGGCAAUGAACAACCCGCUAUUGAAAUUCAAAGAAGUUGAUGUAAAGGAAACCAGUAAAAUCAUCAAACAGACCGACUGGAUAACAUACUGUGUCGAACUGAAAACACAUGCUCCUCAAGUCCCAUUCAGUGACUGCUUCAACCCAGUGAUUAGAUAUUGCAUAUCGUGGGUGACUAAAGAUACAUGUAGAUUGAUUAUAACCAUCGCGGUGAAUUUCACAAAGGGGACAAUCAUGAAAAGUGUGAUCAAGAGCAAUGCCAUGAAAGGACUGCAGGAAACAUGUACAGAUAUUGUAUUGGUUUUAAAGGAUGAGAUUCGAAAAGAGAAUGCAAAACGCACAGGCAAUUCUGCCAUUGCACUGGAAUUUGAUGGUGCCGAUUCUUCAGUUGGUGAAAAUCAAACAAGUGGUCACUCGAAUCCUGACAGCAGUUUGGGUCCAAAUGGAUCUGGCUGCAACUUGGCUGUGAAUCCAACUGUUGCAUUGGUUGUGGUGAUUGUUGCAAUUCUGUCGCUGUUUUUGAAUCUAUUAACAUGGACAUACAAUGGAACAGACAAUCGAAUAAGUUCCCGACAUGAAGGUUUGGAAUCAGAUUCAUCCAUAUUAAACUCUCCGUGGCAUUUUGGACAAAUUGAUUGGUCGACCGAGCUUAAAUCCAAACAGCUUGGCACUGUAUCUCCAAGAAUGAGAGAGUUUCUUCAACUCCAAUUCAAUGCCACGAUAUCAGACGCACAUAUUCCACACAUGCUCACUCCAUCCAUUCCAGACACUCUCACGCACACUCUACAUAACAUGGAGUUUGGCCAAACCCAUACGACACUACUUUACUGGAAAUCCAUCAUUGCUGAUAUCCGCAAAGAAGUUGAAAUUCUUGUUUGCAUGCUUGAUGAUAUGGAAAAACAUUUGGUUUGGGCAUUAUACUUUAACUGGGUCCAAGAUGUUAUUCUUUCCAGAUGUGGUAACAAUCAAACUGUGGGCAGUACAAAUGCCAACCAGAUAUACUGUUUACAAGUUGUAGAAAUUGAGGCUGUAUAA